CCUUGCAGGCCACGUGGCUCAAGCGCCGCGCUCGCCGGGGCCCCUGCCCACUUCUGACCCGCCUCCGCCCUCCUCUCCGUCAGACCAUCGCUUUUGAGUUCUGUCCUCUCCUCGUGCUUGGCCGAUGUCCGAGGAGAAGGCCAGGAGCCCUUCAGGGAAGAUGGAAGGCGAGGAGAAGCCGGUAGGUGCCAGUCAGGAGAAGCGAAAGGAAGAAGGCAAGAAGAAGAACAAAGAAGGGGCCGGGGAUGGAGGUCGAGCAGAGUUGAAUCCUUGGCCUGAAUAUAUUAACACGCGCCUUGAGAUGUAUAACAAACUAAAAGCAGAACACGAUGCCAUUCUGGCAGAAAAGGCAGAAAAAGAUAGCAAGCCCAUUAAAGUGACCCUGCCCGAUGGCAAACAGGUCGAUGCGGAAUCCUGGAAAACGACACCCUAUCAAAUCGCUUGUGGCAUUAGCCAAGGCCUGGCUGACAACACCGUCAUUGCCAAGGUGAACAAAGCUGUCUGGGACCUCGACCGUCCUCUGGAGGGAGAUUGUACCUUGGAGCUUCUCAAGUUCGAGGAUGAGGACGCUCAAGCAGUGUAUUGGCACUCAAGUGCUCACAUAAUGGGUGAAGCCAUGGAGCGAGUCUAUGGAGGAUGCUUAUGUUAUGGUCCACCAAUAGAAAAUGGAUUCUAUUAUGACAUGUACCUUGAGGAAGGAGGUGUGUCCAGCAAUGAUUUCUCUUCUUUAGAGACUUUAUGUAAGAAAAUCAUUAAAGAAAAGCAAGCUUUUGAAAGAUUGGAAGUUAAGAAGGAAACUUUAUUGGAAAUGUUUAAGUACAACAAGUUCAAAUGCCGGAUAUUGAAUGAAAAGGUGAAUACUCCAACUACCACAGUCUAUAGGUGUGGCCCCUUGAUAGAUCUCUGCCGGGGUCCUCAUGUGAGACACACUGGCAAAAUUAAGACUUUGAAAAUACACAAAAAUUCCUCUACGUACUGGGAAGGAAAAGCAGAUAUGGAGACUCUCCAGAGAAUCUAUGGCAUUUCAUUCCCAGACCCUAAGUUGUUGAAAGAGUGGGAGAAGUUCCAAGAGGAAGCUAGAAACCGAGAUCACAGGAAGAUUGGGAGGGACCAAGAACUGUAUUUCUUCCACGAACUCAGCCCUGGAAGUUGCUUUUUCCUGCCGAAGGGAGCGUACAUUUAUAAUACACUUAUUGAAUUCCUCAGGAGUGAGUACAGGAAACGAGGAUUCCAGGAGGUGGUCACCCCAAAUAUCUACAACAGCCGGCUGUGGAUGACCUCAGGCCACUGGCAGCACUACAGCGAGAACAUGUUCUCCUUUGAGGUGGAGAAGGAGCAGUUUGCUCUGAAGCCCAUGAACUGCCCGGGACACUGCCUUAUGUUUGAUCAUCGCCCAAGAUCCUGGCGAGAGCUGCCUCUGCGGCUGGCCGACUUUGGGGUCCUGCACAGGAACGAGCUGUCGGGAGCGCUCACGGGGCUCACGCGGGUGCGGAGGUUCCAGCAGGAUGACGCUCAUAUAUUCUGUGCCAUGGAGCAGAUUGAAGCUGAAAUAAAAGGUUGUUUGGAUUUUCUGCGUACAGUAUAUAGCAUAUUUGGAUUUUCUUUUAAACUGAACCUGUCUACUCGCCCGGAAAAAUUCCUUGGAGAUAUUGAAGUCUGGAAUCAAGCUGAGAAACAACUUGAAAACAGUCUGAAUGAGUUUGGUGAAAAGUGGGAGUUAAACCCUGGCGAUGGAGCUUUCUAUGGUCCCAAGAUUGACAUACAGAUUAAAGACGCCAUCGGCCGGUACCACCAGUGUGCCACCAUCCAGCUGGAUUUUCAGUUGCCCAUCAGAUUCAAUCUCACGUUUGUGAGCCAUGAUGGUGAUGAUAAGAAAAGGCCGGUGAUUGUCCAUAGAGCCAUCCUGGGAUCAGUGGAAAGAAUGAUUGCUAUCCUCACUGAAAACUACGGGGGCAAAUGGCCCUUCUGGCUGUCUCCUUGCCAGGUGAUGGUCAUUCCUGUGGGACCAACGUGUGAUGAAUAUGCCCAAAAGGUACGGCAGCAAUUCCACGAUGCCAAGUUCAUGGUGGAUGUCGAUCUGGAUCCGGGCUGUACGCUGAACAAGAAGAUCAGAAAUGCACAGCUCGCACAGUAUAACUUCAUCCUGGUUGUGGGUGAAAAGGAGAAAGCCAGCGGCACUGUCAAUAUCCGCACCAGAGAUAACAAGGUCCACGGAGAGCGCACUGUCCCCGAAACCGUCGCGCGGCUGCGGGAGCUCCGGCAGUCCCGCUGCAAGCAGGCAGAGGAGGAGUUCUAGCGGAGACCUGGGCCGGGGGAAGGCUGCGCGGUGUCCAUCGCUUCACUCUGGAGAACGCUGGUUUAUGCUGAGCUCGGAACCGUCCGGCAGCGUCUGCAUAGGUGACUGCAGGGGAUGAACCUUUUGACCUAGACAGGUUUUAGAUAAUGUGUAUCUGAAGAUUAUUAAAAGAGGCACAUUAAAAUGAUUUUAUUCCUUAAUUAUCUGAGCACUGGAAAUAAAGCAUGAGAAAUGCUUUGGUGUGAUGAGGGAGAGCAAUUUUUGUAAAUUGAAUGCAGCUGAAAAAUAAAAUUUUUCAAAUUUGAUUCAGGUAAAAGAUUAGAAUUGGAUUGUAGUAUAAGAAUAAAAACUUUAAUUUGUGUACGUUCCAAAAGACUUCUGACCUUCACAUACAUACACAGGUGCCUGGAACAAAUCGCAUGAUUCAGUGUUUAUCUUUAAUGUUUUAUGGCAAAUAUGUGAAAUGGGUGGAGGGGGCAGACUCCCGUGUCUGUUGGUCUCACCUGGCCAUGAGCCAGGUGCCUGCUUCCCAGGACAGGGUAACAUCGUUAGGAGCGCCACCUUCCCUCAGCUUCUCGUUGGAUAUGCACCUUUUAAAUAAUCAAAGCCAAUC